AUGUAUAUGUGUUGUAUAGAUGUUAUCCAGGCUGAACAACAUUCAAUAUUUAUCCCUGGUUUACUUCGUCAGUUUGAUUAUCCAACUAAUAAUGAAAAUGAAUAUCCCACAAGAUUAGACAAUGAAGAACCGCUGGUACCAAAUGAGCAAUCGGUAGAUAAUUAUUUUAGAACAAUAAACAUUGACGAUGAGCAACGAGAAAAUACAACGACGGUAAUUACGGUUUUAAAUGAGACAGUAAAUAAUAACUUUGAACAACAAUUUCUAUUAACUGCAAUUGUACCAGAAUAUUUAACGAGCAUCAACACUACUGUAAGCAGUACAACAACAACAACGACGCCGACGCCGACAACAACAACAACAACGACAACGACAACAACAGCAACAGAAAAUACCACUCAAGCAGAUUUAAAUGUAGACCAGACAACAAGUAAUGACAAUACCGAGACAGAAUUACAAACCACUGCUACUAUUCAAUCACACGUUACCUAUAGCCAAUUAAACAUUUCAACACAAACUGAUAAUAAAAUCUAUGUAGAAUCAGCUUCUCAUUAUCAUUCCAAAUUUGAUAUUACAGCAACAUCGACAACAACGACAACAACGACAACAACAACAACAACGACAACAACAACAACGACAACAACAACAACAGAAACAUCAACAAUGUCUGCUACUACAGAUAUAUCAUAUCAAGUUCAAGAAAUAAAAUCGGAAAAUAUAAACCAAAAUACGACCACAAUGCAGACUUUAAAUACUAGCACCACCACCAUCGUUUUGCCAACAACUACUGAGGUUAUGUUUGAUUUUAAGAAUAUGAGUGUUGUUGCGCGAAAUUUAAUGCAUAAUUCAAGUGAUAAAAAAACGAUGCAAUCGUUAAUCCAUUUGCUACCACCAAAUUUGUGGACACAGUUACAACAAAAUCUAACAUGGGAUAUGAAUCAAACAAAUAAUCGUAUAGCUUUACCGGAUCCCGUAUUACUAGCCGAAGCAGCUGCUAAAGCUGGGCUGCAGGGGCCCGGCCCGCAUCCUAUUCCUGAUUACGCUUGGCUUAAUAUUCCUUCGCCACAAAAUUUCUUUCAAAAUCAAAAUGACUUUAUGAAAUUGAAUGAGCAACAGCCUAAAACUACUUUAUACAAAACAACGAUGGGUAACUACCAUUCGAAUCUUUUGCAGUCACAAUCGCUUACAGUUAUUUUCCUUUUAGCACCAACACCUUCAACAUCCAAACCAGCAGCAGAGAAACAAAAUCAAAUGAAAACAUCUGACAUAUUUUACAAUAACAUAUCAAACAACAAUAACCAGUGGAAUAGACCGACAACAAGAACUACAACCACAGAAUCAUCAGUAAAAACCACAAUAACAAAAGCAUCAAAAUCAUCGACAAAACCUCUUACUCGAUAUCCGCUCCCUCGCGAUAAAAAUCGCCAACAAUAUUUACAACGUCUACCACCACAGUUUCCAGGAUUUAAUGACAUGGAUUAUCCCAUCCCCAAAGAAACCACCAGAUUUCCUGUGCAGCAACGACAGUCAUCUACUCAAAUACCAAACCUUCAAUCAGUAUUGGCACAAAUUGGCGUUUCAUGUCCAGCUGGAUCAAGAGGAAUGAAAUUUCCUGAUAAUCGUUUAUGUAACAUGUAUUUCACGUGUACACAAUCAGGUUUACCAGAACCAUCAUUAUGCCCUGAAGGUUAUCUAUUUUCAGAUACGGCUCAUGACUGUGAAUCAGCUGAGAAAGUGUCAUGUGGAGGACGAUUAUCUGCUUAUUUUGAUGGUGAAGUGAAGGCAGAGAACAAAAAUAAUAUCGUACCAAAUCUUGUUAAUGGAACAUUGGAAUGUAUACUGGGUGCUGAUGGAUAUUAUGAAGACCCAUUUUAUUGUAAUAUAUAUCAUCAUUGUUUGGCUGGUGUUGAUUAUGUUGUUCAUUGUCCAAAUCAAUUGGCAUGGAAUGAAAAGAAGAAAAUGUGUGAUUGGGCAACAAAUGUUAAUUGUACAGGAAAAUCGUUGCCAGUCGUACAAGGUAAAACGACAUUUUGUACAAACAGAAAAGAUGGACGAUAUAUAUCGGAUACGUAUUGUAAUGCAUUUCAUCAUUGUAUUGGUGGUACGGAUCAUAUUGUACGAUGCACAGGCGAACUACAGUGGGAUGAUAGUAAAAAAGAAUGUGGAUGGGAAUCGAUUGUAAAAUGUGGUGCACCAAAGAAAAUGUUGCCGAAUCAAGAUAAAUUUAAUUCAACAUUCUGUACAGGAAAAACAGAUGGAUCAUAUCCACACGAAGAAUUUUGUAAUGUUUAUCAUGUAUGUGAAUCUGGAUCAGAUAACAUGCGACAAUGUCCACAUCAGCUUUUUUGGGAUAAUGAACAACAAAAAUGUGAAUGGUCAAAUAAUGUCAGAUGUACCGGUCGCACGUUGGUAGCUCUAUCGAUGGAAGCAAGUUUAUUUUGUAUGGAAAAAUCAGAUGGUUUCUAUAUCGAUGCAAUCUACUGUAAUGUUUAUCAUCAAUGUAUGGCCGAUAUUGAUGUUAAAUUACGUUGUCCCGAACGCUUAGUAUUUAAUGAAACAUUAAAACGUUGUGAUUGGCCAGAAACAACACAUUGUAAAGGUGGAAAUAUUUUACUUGAAGGAGAAGAAAAUGGAGGAUUUUGUACAGAUAAGCCAAACGGUGAAUAUCCACAUGAUCAUUUUUGUAAUCGUUAUUUCAUUUGUCAAAAUGGGAAAGAUAUUGUAUUUACAUGUCAGAAUAAUUUGAGAUAUUCUGCAGAGAAGAAUGAAUGCGAUUGGGCUGUUAAUGUUGAUUGCGGUGCGAAACCAGAUUACAUGUGGGAAGGAAUUAAAGAAAAUUUUUGUAAACGUUUACCUGAUGGUAAUUAUCCAGAUUUAAGAUUCUGUAAUAUAUUUCAUCAAUGUCAGGCAGCCAUGGAUUACCCAAAACGUUGUCCGAAUCGUUUAAUGUUUAAUGAACAAACGAAAGAAUGUGAUUGGGAAGAUAAAGUCGAUUGUAAUGGACGAGAGAAACUUAUCGAUACUGAUGGUCUUGAAGAUGAAUCUCGACCCGGUACGAAUGACACUAGAGGACGAUCAACAAAAUUUUGUAUGUUGAAGCAAAAUGGAAAUUUUGCCGAUUCAUAUUAUUGUAAUGUUUAUCAUAAUUGUCAUGGUGGAUUUGAUACCAUUCAAUACUGUACAAAAGGCUUAGUUUGGAAACAAGAGACAGAAUUAAUGGGAAAAUGUGAUUGGUCAAAAGAACGAUCGGCCGAGGGUGUGGAUUGUGGUGGAAAGGCAUUAUUUUUCAUUGAUAAACUUGCCGACUCUGACAUAUUGUCAAAUUUGAGAUCGGAAUUUUGCAUUAGUAAAGGGCCAGGAUUAUAUGAACAUCAACGUUAUUGUGAUCUUUAUUUGCAAUGCAAUGAACAAGGUGUUGGUGUGACAAUGGAAUGCAGUGCCGGUCUUGUUUUUAACGAAAAGAAGAAGGAAUGUGAUUAUCAAUCGGAUGCCAAUGGUGAUCAUGGUACACAAUGUGUAACACCAAGAAGUUUUCUGAGAGCUAAACCACAAGCCGAACAUGGAACAGUUUUGUUCGAAGGUGCUGAUGCCACUGGACAAUUUCCAACGCGAUUUGACUGUUUAAAUAAAGAUCAGCAGAGUAUGUUUGCCGAUUUUGAUUGGUGUAACAUUUAUCAUGUAUGCAUCGGAAAUCGAGAUAAUAUAUUUUUAUGUCCACCGGGUACACUGUUCAAUGAUACAAAGCAAGGAUGUUUCGAUCGUUUGAACGGAAAAAAUUGUAACGGUACCAAUAGUUAUUAUAAACCGGCGAUUAAACGUCAUAAACGAACGCGUACUGGCAUAAUAAAUAAACCAUUGAGACCAUCGAUUGAUGAUGAUAAUGAGAAUUCAGAUGUAAUUGAUACAUCGAGGGAGACAAAUUACAGGAUUCCUUCUGAAUGGCGACAAUUUGGACUUCAUCAUUCAGAGCGUGACACGUCUAACGGGAGGUAUAAAUCGGCAAAAGACGAUCGUAGCAGACAAGAUUUAAUCGAAACUGAACGUGAAAAUGGAUGGUCAAAACAACAUCAAUACAGAGAAAAUAGAAUGAAUGACGAUGAUGAUAAUGUUUUUGUAAGAGAGAAUGAUGCACACCAACGUCAACGCCGACAGAUAGAUAUGAAUGAAUAUCGGCAGAUCAUUAAUUUAGUAACAUCUGUUAGAAAUCGAUCGAGGUCGUCAUCUAGGAGUAAAGAAAAAACAAACCCAACAAUCUAUUCAGCAGCAUUACUUUCGAUUCCAACAACAACAAAUAAUAGAUUAAAAUUAAUGAUGUCUACGGCUAAACAAAAUCAAUCGACAAAUAAUGAGAGGAGCAGAAAAUAA